CUUCUCACUGCUCAUCAUUCGCAUUACGCACAAAGAUUGAUUUAGCACCAGUAGCACGAGGAUUGGAAUGGCGAUCGGUCUGGGCGGGGCAUGGUUUGGUUUGGUUCCCCGCAUUGAUGAGACGCGAGCAGCGGGAGCGACCAUUAGUGGUUGGUUGGUGGGCGAGUCGGAUGAAUCUCGCUCGCAUUGCAGAGCUCUCCUCCGGUCCGGGCAACGCGAUGCAGGAGGGGGCCCCGGCCAGGGCCGCGUUUAAUGUGCUGCCAUUGAUGAUGCACGCAGCUCUGCUCCGGGCAGCCCCGGCCUGCCUCGCCUUACUGAUACUGUCUACUAGUACCAGGCUACCAGCACCCAGUUGUACUACGAGUCUACUAGUGGCAGAGCACGGCAUUGAUGACUUCGGCCAUAUAGGUCGACGGUGUCCCUCUUCGUAUGUGGACACUAGCACUUCGUAUAUGGAACUCCCUCCCCCAUCUUUGAAUCGCUCAUCAUCAAUAUGCCGCUGGUCUCAGGCGGCGGCGAAGUAGUCUUUGAUCCAUCUGAUCGUCGCUUUCCCGGGGAGCAUAUUGAAUGCGUCUUGCUCACACUCCAUCACACCCAAGGACUCCCCUGUCGCACACACUGACAUAGGAUAGCCAUCGUCCCUCUGCUCAGGAAGGCCAUAAUUAAACGGGAAAGAAAGAAAGAAAGAAAAAUGGCAUCCUAAAACCUAUCCAAAUGUUCUAUUCGGUGGAUAUGGACAUUUUGCAUCCAAAAUCAUCUUUCAAUGGCAUCCCCUAAACGGACAAAAUGACAUGUUUGUCUGGACACAUCCCCAAACUUGUCCCAAAUUUGGAGGAGGUUUGGGGUGUCUGGACAUUGUCCGGUGCUCUUUUUUGUCCGUCCGGACCCACAACAAGAGAUGGGAAAAGUGAAAAGUAAAAGAGAAAGUAUAAAGAGAAGAAAAAACUAAUUUGGAAAAGAAAAUUGGGGAUGCGGUUGGGUGAUGAUGGUGGACAUGGGAAAACAUAUGUCCCCUUGCUACUCCAAAUUGCUACUCCAAAUGACAAAAAGGUACAUUUUGGGACAAAAUACGGGUUUCAUUGCAGCGGCUCUUAUAUCUCCCGAUCGAGCUCGCGAAAGCGGAUGGGCCCGACCGAUCACAUUAGCUGCUGCUGCUGCUGCAUCAACAUGCGCGCAUAUGCAUUGGAUCCCAACAGCGCCGGCCAGGGAGGGGCCGCUUCUCUUCUCCCAUGCCGCGCAGGACAUCUAGUUUUUUUUGUGUGUAUUUCAUAUCGGUGUGGGUUCGCUUGCCGCAUGUGCACGUUGCCGGGUGUUCAUAUCUAGGACUGGCAAUCUGUUGUUUAAACAAGAGAACGGCAGCCGCCGCGCUCCUUUCGUUUCGACUCAGGCAGCUAGCGGCGAGCAGCAGCCGCGGUACUUUUAAUACUCGUAUAUAGUACUGCUCGACUUUGCUUGCGGCGUCAUGUGCACGAUGGAUUGGGUUAUACUCCAUCACCAUCAGUGUCCGUGUCACGGUGUCAGGACAGUGAACAUAUUCCUUAGGAAAGGAGACACCGGAAAGGGAGUUUUUAAAACAUCAAGACCGUAUACGGUUGCAGAUUAGUCUAGGGAUUCCACGACAGUUAGGUGUACGUACGAUAUAUGGAGGUCGUGAGGGAUAGUGGGCACAUAACAUGGCGUCUCGCUGAAGGUCCAAAGAAAGAACAAACAGCGAGCACGCACACCCAUACUGUCAUGGACUGGGGUUAAUAACAUGCGUGUCGCCAACAUGCAGCGCUUGUAGACUGUUCUUGUACUGGCCUACAGGGAAAUCUUGUUGCCUGCCUGUUUGUGAAAGCAAGACAUGUGGAGCGCCCCACUCUCUCCUCUCCCUGCCUACUACUACUCUGUAUCAAAGGAUAUGGAGUAAUACCAGGCUCUGUUUCUUCAAAGAAACCAUGUUUCCUGCAGAGAUUUUGCUAUCCAACGUCAAAAGUCAAGUUUCCUACCAAAGCAUAUGUGUAUCUGAUCAAUCAGUUCAUGGGAGUGCAAAGAAAGGGCAACUACCUCAACCGGUAAAGCUAAUAAAUUAUUCCGUGGGAGACUUGGACCAUACCUGGGCCACGUUCUGUUUGGUCAAAACUGUUUUUUUUUUGCGGGGGUCUUUUGACCAACAUAAAUUAGCAAUCCUCCGGUUCAAAUGCGCUGUACUGUAGUACUGCUCAAUCAGGUAGUGGUAAAACAGAUGAACUAUGCGGCGCUGCUCACCAAUCAGGUCGGCAUGCAGCGCCAUUGACGCUGGUGAAGAGUGAAGACAUGACAUAGUGUCCGUGUUAGGUCCACCUUGUUGGGAUCCUUUGCGAUCAGUUCAUGGAAAGGCAUCACCCUUUCCACCUGUUUAAUGAUUGUGCUGGAGACUGGAGAGGAGAGGAUCGCUUGCAAGCGAGUCCUUUGUACUGGUGCACAAGCAUACUCACCGAGUAUAUCCUAGUGGGAAUUGCACGGUUUCAGACAGGCGGUCACCCGGUCAAACCUGGUGUUUCAGGAGAUGUUUUGAUGAGAUUACGAUCAAGUAGCUGCACUUUACGAGUACAAGGAUGGGUCGGCGGCGCGCGGCACGGUGGGCACGGAGUCGGCGACCAUCGCGCUGUCGUCGUCGUCGUCGUCGUCCAAGAACAAGGUGAAGAAGGCCAAGCUCCAGGGCCUGGUCCUGGGCUGCACGGGCUCCUACACCGGCCCAAGCUUCGAGGCCUCGGACGGCGUCCUGAGCCUGGGCUACAGCAACGUCUCCUUCGCGUCCCACGCCGCCUCGCGCUUCGGCGGCCGCUUCUCCUACUGCCUCGUCGACCAUCUCUCCCCCCGCAACGCCACCAGCUACCUCACCUUCGGCCCAAACUCCGCCCUCUCCGGCCCGUGCCCCGCCGCCGCCGGGCCCGGGGCGCGUCAGACGCCGUUGGUGCUCGACAGCCGGAUGCGCCCCUUCUACGACGUCAGCAUCAAGGCCAUCUCCGUGGACGGGGAGUUGCUCAAGAUCCCGCGCGACGUCUGGGAGGUCGACGGCGGCGGCGGCGUCAUCGUCGACUCCGGCACCAGCCUCACGGUGCUGGCCAAGCCGGCCUACCGCGCCGUCGUGGCCGCGCUCGGCAAGAAGCUCGCCCGCUUCCCGCGCGUCGCCAUGGACCCCUUCGAGUACUGCUACAACUGGACCUCGCCGUCGCGCAAGGACGAAGGCGACGACCUGCCAAAGCUGGCCGUGCACUUCGCCGGGUCGGCGCGGCUGGAGCCGCCGUCCAAGAGCUACGUGAUCGACGCGGCGCCCGGCGUCAAGUGCAUCGGCGUGCAGGAGGGGCCAUGGCCCGGGAUCUCCGUCAUCGGCAACAUCUUGCAGCAGGAGCACCUCUGGGAGUUCGACCUCAAGAACCGACGGCUCAGAUUCAAGAGGUCGCGGUGCACGCACUCGUGAUUAUGGGCGUGCAGCGCGGAUCGCUCCAACCACUAGUUCUGUUUUUUUUUUUCUCCUUGUGGUGGUGGUGGUCUGCUCUCGCUGAUUAAUUAUAUUUUUUUGUCCCGUGUUCAGGUGCUACUGCUAAUGCGAUGAGAAAUGUGCUUCGCAGAAAUGAUAGUAGUAGUAAGCUGUAAAAUAAGUUUUAUGUUCUUUUUUUCUGCCCAUUUGGUGUUGUUCAUCUCGGUGAAUAUAAUGUCUAGAGCUCGAUCGUUAAUUUGUUUCAUCA